GCGGCGUGCGCUGGAAGGCGAGUUCGCGGGUUCGAAUCCCGCCUGGCGGCGAGCGAGGCUGGCUUGGGCUGCCCCAGAGGAAGAAUGGAGGAGCUGAGCCAGGCUCUGGCCUGCAACUUCGUCGUCUCGCAGGACCUGAACAGCCCCGCGGCUCCACACCCACGCCUGGCCCAGUACAAGCCCAAGUACAGCUCCCUGGAGCAGGGCGAGAGACGGCGGCGGCUGCUGGAGCUCCAGAAAACUAAGCGGCUGGACUAUAUAAACCAUGCCAGAAGGCUGGCGGAGGAUGACUGGUCCUACACAGCGGAGGAGGAGAAGGAAGAGGAGGAGGUAGAGGACGACAAGGGCAAGGAGGGAGAGAGAGCCAAGGCUGAUGGAGAUCAUGAAGACAUGGAGCUAGACCUUGUAAAGAAGCUACCGAAACGCUAUGCCAACCAGCUGAUGCUUUCUGAGUGGCUGAUUGAUGUUCCCCCAGAUCUGGAUCAGGAGUGGCUCUUUGUGGUGUGUCCUACGGGGAAGAGAGCUCUUGUGGUGGCCUCCAGGGGCACCACAGCAGUGUACACCAAAAGUGGGUUUUGUGUCAAUCGCUUCCCUUCUCUCUUGCCUGGUGGGAACCGGCUUAAUUCGGCAACAGGGAAAGAAUACACCAUCCUGGACUGCAUCUACAGUGAGGUCCAGCAGACGUACUACGUCCUUGACGUGAUGUGUUGGCGGGGACACCCUGUCUAUGAUUGCCAGACAGAUUUCAGAUUCUACUGGCUGCAUUCCAAAAUGGAGGAAGAGAUGGUCUUGUCGGAGAAAAGCCGACUUAACCCAUAUAGGUUUGUGGGCCUCAAGAGCUAUUCCUGCAAUGCAGCCAGCCUGUGUGAGGUUCUGGCCAUGACAUUCCCCUUCGAGGUAGACGGGCUCCUUUUCUAUCACAAACAGGCUCACUACAAUCCCGGCAGUACGCCGUUGGUGGGCUGGCUGCGCCCUUACAUGGUCUCCGACAUCUUGGGCAUUGCGGUGCCCAGCUGCCCGCUCACCUCCAAGCCGGGCUACGCGGGGCAGCAGCUGCAGCAAAUCAUCGAGCACAAGAGGAAUAAAAACCAGCAGCCAGGAGCUGCUGACGAUCCCGCCUCGCAAGACGGGCGUUACGAACUGGAGCACUUGUCCACUCCUCGAGUGGAGCCAUCGGCGCCCGUCUUGGAGGAGAGCGAGUGCCAGAUGGAUAACUGAUUAGAGGCCAGAAAAUGGCCAGGAUCGGUCGAGAAUAUCCUCCAUAAACCCAGAUUGGAACCCCACCAUCUCCAACGAUUGGCAUGUAACGGGAUAGUUUCGUUCCUAGGGUUUCGGCCUCUUUGUCCUGUUUUAGAGAUGCUGCCAUCCAUCCAUGCCCACAAUUGAGUUUCUGAAUAAAUUGGAAUACGAGCCGCUAUAAACCUGGGCUCAAAUUCUCCCAGAUCAAUCUCACACACACACUCAGGCCUUGGAUUGCAGGGCGCUGCUUUCCCACAUUCCUCAAGGCCCAACGGGUUUCCCCAGUUCCAGAUUCCAAAUUUGAAAGAGAGGUGUGAAGUUUCAAACAACCCAAAAAAAACCCCACGUAUUGUGCCACUUGGGACUGCAGUGAAGUUAAUUUCCAGUCCGCCCCAGAGUCAGUGGCGGUAGAGUCAAUUUCAGUAUGGCGGUAUGGUCGAAAAUGUCAAGAUGGCCACAGGGUGGUGAUUUUUUUUUAGUGGGCGGAGCUUCGCUCGCACCCUGUGGCCGCCAUCUUGACUUUUUUGACCGUAUCUUGGGGUCGUCGCUGCACAGAUUUGACGUUAGGAGCUACACGUUAUGCACUCCUCACAUAAAGGGAAAGACAACCCAGAAUAGAUAAAAGACACAAUUCACAUGCUGAAGCCUUUUGGCUUCCCUCUAAUUCUGCCACAUUUCUGGUGUUGGGAAUGUUGGUGUUGCACUCUUGAGAUUCACCAAAUAAAGAGCUUCUG